AUUAUUCUAAAUGUUUUUACAUACAAUUGUAGGUUAUUUUACCUUAGAGAAGGAAAAAGAAAAAAGAAGAAAAGGAGGAGUAAGCCCUAACCCUUAUUUUUCCCGCCAGCCCUUCCCUUCCAGCUGCCGAGUGUCGCCGCCGAACCACCACUCCAUCUCUCUGGUUCAGUGCUUCCACUGCUGUGUUUCUUCCUCUCGUCCCGCCGGAGCCUCCUUCCUACUAGACUGGACUUAAUUAGCUUUAAGUAUGAGUAGCGAGGUAGAUGCUCUUAAAAAUGUAGAAGGCUACAAACCUCCAGCAGAGUUUGAGGAAGACAGAAGGGAAUUUCUUACUGAUAUUUCUUUGACUGACUCUGAAGAGCUAUGGCUUAUUCAAUGGCCUGCUAACCAAGCCCCAGAUUUUGAUGGGCAAGAAUUUUCUCUUCAACUUCACCCAGACGGGCAUAUGGGCAGCUUUCAGGGUUCAUCUGGAAAAUCAUAUGAUGUGAUCAGCUGUGUGGCUCAAGAACCUGAGGCUUCUGUUUUUCUGCCAUCUUCAUCGGACACCAGAUUAGUUGGAAAGAUUUCCCGGCGGAUCUCUCUUGUCCAUUACCCAGAACCUGAAGAACUUGAAAAGGCCACCACAUCUUUGAAAUCAUUGUGUCAAAAAUCUUCUGGAAUUUCAUUGACCAAUUCCCGUCAAACUACAACAUCCAGAGGUCCACAAUCGAGCAGUAGAAGAACAACCUCUUCACGAAGUAGCAAACCUAGAAGUUCAGUAUCUGAAUUCGAGGAACCAUGGAAGCCUUCAAGUGUUAAACAGGAACUCAAAUCUACCGAGUCCAGAGAUCAUCAAAAAAAGGAUUCAUCUAAAAGAAAACGCUCGCAUGAACCUAGUAGAUCAAUCGACCACUCCACUCGAGAUUCAGGACACAGUCAUAGUGCCGUAACCUCCUCAGGGUCUGCUGAGCGAUCUAGUGAAAGUAAAUCAAAAAAGCAAAAGAAAUGAAUCAGGAUUCCACAAACUUGAAGUAUUCAUUAGUUUUUGACAAGUUACUAUAUUUUGCCUAUACUCUUAUUUUCCAUUUUCCUUUGCUUGGACCGAAUUCUCGAGCAAUUAUUGUAUGUCAUAGCCCAUGGAAAGUUCUUUCUCAUAUCAGAUUUACUAUCAGUUACACUGAGUACUUAAUUAAUUAAUGUUAAUUUUGAAGUAA